UUGGUUGAUUGUGUGAAAUGGAGAAUUGGGUAUUGGUUGAGAAGAUUGUUGUUGUUUUGGGUUGUUUAUAUUUGUCAUGGAAAAUCAUUAGAUACAUAUGGAGCUUCUCGAAUAUAGAGAAGCAGCCUAUUAAAGUACUCGUUACUGGUGCUGCAGGGCAAAUAGGCUAUGCUCUUGUUCCAAUGAUCGCUAGAGGGGCCAUGCUAGGUCCUGAUCAACCUGUAAUUCUACACAUGCUUGAUAUUGAACCUGCAGCCGAGGCCUUGAAAGGCGUAAAGAUGGAAUUGAUUGAUGCCGCGUUUCCUCUUCUCGAAGGUGUUGUUGCCACCACUGAUGUUGUUGAAGCUUGUAAAGGUGUCAACAUUGCGGUAAUGGUUGGCGGAUUCCCAAGGAAGGAAGGUAUGGAGAGAAAGGAUGUGAUGUCAAAAAAUGUAUCAAUUUACAAGGCUCAAGCUUCUGCUUUAGAGCAACAUGCUGCUCCAGAUUGCAAGGUGCUUGUGGUUGCUAACCCGGCUAAUACCAAUGCACUUAUCUUGAAAGCAUUUGCCCCUUCAAUUCCAGAGAAAAACAUCACGUGCCUUAUAAGACUUGAUCAUAAUAGAGCUCUUGGCCAAAUCUCAGAGAGGCUAAAUGUUCAUGUUGGUGAUGUGAAGAAUGUAAUCAUUUGGGGGAAUCACUCUUCAACUCAAUAUCCAGAUGUCAAUCAUGCCACUGUAAACACCAGCAGUGGACAGAAGUCUGCCAGAGAACUUGUUGCUGAUGAUCAAUGGUUAAAUACAGAAUUCAUAACCACCGUGCAGCAACGUGGUGCAGCCAUCAUCAAAGCUCGAAAGCAGUCUAGUGCAUUAUCUGCCGCCAGCUCUGCUUGUGACCAUAUACGCGACUGGGUGCUUGGCACUCCCAAGGGAACAUGGGUGUCGAUGGGAGUGUACUCUGAUGGAUCUUAUGGCAUCCAGCCUGGUCUUAUUUACUCUUUCCCUGUUACUUGUGAGAAAGGAGAAUGGUCGAUUGUGCAGGGCCUCAGGAUAGACGAAUUCUCCAAGGCGAAGAUGGAUGCCACAGCAAAAGAGCUGAUGGAGGAGAAGGCAUUGGCGUAUUCAUUCCUGAAUUGACGAAGUGACUAAGUUUACUCGGAAAAGUAGAACUGACACCAAAUUUGGUUGUAUGAUUAAUAAGCCUCUCCUUUUAUUUGCAGUGCUUGAAAGAAAUCAAUAUUCUCUUGUUUUAUUCAUUGAAAAGAAAGGAAUAUAUGUAUUUACAGAACAGAGA